GCUCCUCUUCCUCCCUCCCCGCAAUCCGCUCGCUCCCCUCCGAGCAAUCGCUUCCAGUCCCCGCCCCCCCUCGCCGGGGCGUCGCGUUCUCGCCCUCCCCGCUCCGUCCGGGGCCUCUGGCCGUUCGGUUGUGACUAGUGUGUGAGCCACGGGGCGGUUUUCGUCCCGCGACUAGUCCAGUCCAGCCCCGCGAUUCCUGGGCGCGCGCCGCCUGGAUCCGCCCCUGCCCCGCAGGGAGGGGGUUCUUGAUCUUGGGGAACUUUUGGGGGGAGGCGUGUGAAGGAGGCGCAUUUCCUCCUCCUCCUCCUGGUCUCCGCGGUUGGGGAUCUUCCUGCUUCUUGGCCAUGCCUGCGGCUCCGGCGGUGGGCAGCAACGGCCAUGACGCCCAUGGCAGGGCCGGCUGUCGGGAGAGCCUUCUUCGCCCCCGCCCCCACCCCCCUGCUCGCGCCGGCGUGCCGGUGCCCGUCCGUGGUGACGCAGUGCAGGCGAUCGAGUCUUCGGGCGACACGGUUUCCGAUAAUCUCCGCUUUCAUGAAGACGGCCAUGGGGACAGCACGGAGUGCUCGAGCUCGUUUGGGCCCUCAUGCUCUGGGUCUGACGACGAGACCAGGUCAGGCACGCACGACAUGGAGGUGGACUCGCCUUUCCUAGGCAAUUUCAAUGUGGAUGGCGCCGCUUCUCUCCCAAAGAAGCCCAGACCGAAACAAGUGACAGCUGAGUGGAGAAAUGCUGUUCGCCCAAUUAUGUGGCGGUGUCAGUGGUUAGAAUUGCGUAUGAAGGAGCUUUCGUCGCAAGUAGCAAAGUAUGACAGGGAACUUGCUUUAAUCAGUCAUGAAAAAGAUCUGCGGUCUGAGAUGAUUGCAGCAGAUAGUUCUGAUCCAGAAUUGGCAAAACUGGAUGUCCAAGGCCAUGAUAGAAAUAUCAUGAAGAGGAGAAGACGGCAAAGGCUUGAAGACAUUGUGGACACCUCAUUGUACAUGGAUGGUCAUCAAAUAAUAUCCUAUUAUCAUGAAAGCAAAAACAGAAACUAUGGAGCUGAAACAGAUGGUCUGUUGAUUUAUGAUGAUGCAGUUUUUGAGGAUACCAAAAGAGGAGUUCCUGACAAUACAUUACUGGGGUCUAAGGAAACAGACAGGGUCUUAGAACAAUAUUCUUUAACAGAUAUUCUUCGGACAAUUGAUAGUGUCCAGUCUCGAGUCCUUAAGCUUCAAGUUCAUCUCAGCAAGGUUUGCAGCAAUCGCACACAAGUUAAGGUGCCUCCAAAGAGUCAGAAGGCUCAAACCCAGUUAGCCUCUUGUAAGAAGGAUGGACACCGUCCUAAGAAAAAGAGGGAUCUGAAUAGUUUGCUUCAGGAGGAGGAUACACAUAGACCACUUGUUGGAGUGCCAACUGCUUUAUCAGAUAGGUGCACUGACUAUGUAAUGGAACAUGGAAAGAGAAAUAUUGCAGAAGAAGUCGCAACGCAACCAUAUGCAAUGAAAGUCACAUUUGAGACACUCUUUGGUGCAGAUAAUCCCUUAAUUCAUCAUACUCAUCUAGGAGAAUUAUACAAAGAAAAUGCUGAUGAUGUCCUAAUAGACAACCGAGCAGCCCAAGUAGAAGGGUACCAGCAGUUUGAGAAGGUGAAGCAGGAAGCACAGAAUCAUGUGGACCUGGCUAAUAAGGUUGCUAACACCCUUCUUUCCAGAGGAGAAGAAACUGUUGCAAGACAGGUGGUAAAGCUUGAACCAGUUUAUGAAAUAGCUCCAAGUGUGAAGCAAGUCAGCCCUGCAAAUAAGCGAAUCAAGAAACCAAAGAAGAAAUCUGGGAGCUCUCUGCCUCCUUUGAAAGAGCAAAUCGAGAAGUCUCCUGAUGUACCUGCAAAGAAGAGGACUGUGAAAGAUCUGCACGAUUUCAAGAAUGAAAAGCCUGUUUUCGUAGCUGUGGACACCCGGAGGAGCCAGCGAGUUCGAAAACCCAAAAAGUAUGGAAGCGAUUGAGUUCCAGGAAUGGUCCUGUCUCCAGAUUCGAUUUUGUCUUUGCUGCCCAAAUUUCUGGCUCAUGGGAAACCAGAUGUGUCACCUAAUUGGUUUUUGUAAGUAGGCAUAGUUGGGAAGGAAUAUUUGAAGUGGCAUUUCUUCGGCAGCUCCCCUUACCUGGGACAGCAACAGUGGUAAUGCUGAGUUGAAUUUUUUUUGGGUUGCCUGCAGAUUAUUCUUGUGAAACCUGCAUUGUAUGAAGAAACAUUAGACAGAAGUAUAGUCCGGCAUAAUACAAGUUGUUUCAUUA